CUGGGCCCCGGGUAAUGUUAUGGGAUGAUGAGCACUGGGCUCUGGCACUGGGUGUGUGAGCAGCAGCAGGGAGAGCUGUGUGCUGCAGGAAGAGGAGGGCCUGGGCUGGCGGCAGGAGGCCGGCUCUGUGUCACCGCUCGCACACACUGACUGCAGCCGGAGGAGGUAGCGGCGGUUACACAGCCCAUAACUGCCCCAGGACAGGGCAGGUAGGAAGUGACAGGAAAGAGGGGGCAAUAGCCCCAGCGGCCCCGGGAAGGGCGCAGAGAGAGCGCACGCUCAGUAGCAGCAGCAGCGCCGGCCGGGUGGGGGGAGCGGCGAGCGCACAGCGGCGGCAGCAGCAGAUCCAGCCCCUGGAGGAGGAAGAGGAGGGGGCAGAAGAGGCGCCUCCAGCGCAGGCAGCAGAGGUAGGGGCGAGAAGAAGUUCCAGCAGAGUCUCUGUUACUUUUCCUGCUCUGCAGAGUUGGGGGCUGUCUGGAGCGACCUCUCCCAGCGAAGGGACCCCUGAGCGGCCACUCCGGGGCCCCGGGAACCACCUCCCUCCCUCCCUGCACACCACCCGGCUCUGGCUGCAGGGAGGCGCCGGGACUCAGAGCCUAGGAGCUACCCCUGGACCCCCUGGAUGUACAAGGACCCAGCCUGAGCAUGCACUCGGGGAGCCAGCACUCACUGGCCGCACUCUAGCACUCAGACCCUUCCCCUCCUUAUGGAGAGCUCACCCUCACAUGGGAAGUCUUCCUGCCUGUGUUAUUGUAGUAUAAGUGGCAUGUUCUAUGGAAGGACCUCUGUGCCAGCUCCCUGUGUGCACAUUCAUUAGAGGCCCUUUGUGGAGCUAUUUAAAUAUAUAUAGAUAAAUACCUUAACUUAUCACCCUUCAGAGACUGCAUUUCUUACAUAGGAGCUGUGGGGGCAGUCCCCUACCCCAUACCCAGGGGGUGAAGGUGGCUUCUGCUCAUCCAGGUGGGACUCUCCAGAGAAGGAUAUAAGGUAUAUUUUAAAGAGUUUAGAACCUUCUGGAGAGGACUGUUGCAAAGAUGACCACCUCACCAGCACAUUGUAUGACCACCCGGCAGCAGACGCUGGAGUCCAUAUUGAGAAACCCACGCUCACCUAUCAACAUAGAGAGUUUGCUGGAUGGACUUAAUUCUUUGGUCCUGGACCUGGACUUCCCUGCACUACGGAAAAACAAGAAUAUAGACAACUUUGUAAAUAGAUAUGAAAAAAUUGUGAGUGAGGUUCGUCAACUUCAGAUGAAAGCUGAAGAUUAUGAUGUAGUAAAAGUCAUUGGGAGAGGAGCAUUUGGUGAAGUCCAGCUGGUUCGGCACAGAAACUCACAAAAAGUAUAUGCAAUGAAGCUGCUUAGCAAGUUUGAAAUGAUUAAAAGAUCUGAUUCUGCAUUUUUCUGGGAAGAAAGAGAUAUCAUGGCCUUUGCAAAUAGUCCUUGGGUAGUUCAGUUGUCCUGUGCCUUUCAAGAUGAUAAAUAUCUUUACAUGGUGAUGGAGUACAUGCCGGGGGGUGACCUCGUAAACCUUAUGAGUAACUAUGAUGUGCCUGAAAAGUGGGCGAAAUUCUACACUGCCGAAGUAGUGCUCGCCCUCGAUGCCAUUCACUCUAUGGGCCUGAUCCACCGAGACGUUAAGCCUGACAACAUGCUCCUGGACAAACAUGGACAUCUGAAGCUGGCAGAUUUUGGCACAUGUAUGAAGAUGGAUGAAACAGGUAUGGUGCGGUGUGACACGGCUGUUGGAACUCCAGACUACAUAUCACCCGAAGUUCUGAAAUCUCAAGGAGGAGACGGCUACUACGGGCGGGAGUGUGAUUGGUGGUCCGUGGGAGUCUUCCUGUUCGAAAUGCUGGUUGGGGACACUCCGUUUUAUGCUGAUUCCCUGGUGGGCACCUAUAGUAAAAUCAUGGAUCACAAGAAUUCCUUAAACUUUCCAGAAGAUGUGGAAAUUUCCAAACAUGCCAAGAACCUCAUCUACGCCUUCUUGACAGAGAGGGAGGUGCGACUCGGGAGGAACGGUAUUGAGGAGAUUAAACAGCACGCUUUCUUUAAGAACGACCAGUGGACCUGGGAUAAUAUCAGGGAAACGGCUGCCCCUGUGGUACCCGAAUUAAGUAGCGACAUUGACAGCAGUAACUUUGAUGACAUUGAAGUUGACAAAGGCGAUGUGGAGACGUUUCCUAUUCCAAAAGCCUUUGCGGGGAACCAGCUGCCUUUCAUUGGUUUUACCUAUUACCGUGAAAACCUAUUGCUAAGUGAUCCUUCCCAGGCCAGAGAGAAGAAUUCCUCCAUACAACCAAUGAAAGAGGCGUCUGCACAGCUACAGAAAACUGUUCAACAGCUGGAGGGGAAGCUCCAGCAUGAGAUCCAAGCCAAAGACGACCUGGAGCACAAAUACAGGUCUGUGAAUUCUCGCUUAGAGAAGACGAUGAAGGAGCUGGAUGAAGAGAUGAAUUCUCGGAAGAACCUGGAGUCUAGCAGCCGCCAGCUGGAGCGCGAGAAGGCUCUCCUGCAGCACAAGAACGCAGAGUACCAAAGAAAAGCAGAGAACGAGGCCGAGAAGAAGCGCAGCCUAGAACAUGAAGUGAACAGCCUGAAGGAUCAACUUGAAGACCUGAAGAAGAGAAACCAAAAUUCCCAGAUUUCCAAUGAGAAAAUGAAUCAGCUCCAAAGACAGCUGGAUGAAGCCAAUGCUCUUCUGCGCACAGAACUGGACACAUCGGCCCGACUACGGAAGACUCAAAAUGAAAUGUCCAAACAGAUCCAGCAGCUGGAAACCAAUAACCGCGAGCUCCAGGAUAAGACGUGUAUGCUGGAGAAUGCCAAGCUAAAGGUGGAGAAGGACUAUAUUAACCUUCAGUCUGCUCUAGAGUCUGAGAAGAGGGACCGGUCACAGGGCUCGGAGGUCAUUAAUGACCUUCAAGGCCGGAUAUCUGUCCUGGAAGAGGAGUUGAGGAAAGGGAAGGAUCUUCUUGCACGUGCCGAAUCCGAAAAGAGGCAGUUUCAGGAGAGGCUAGCCGCUCUGGAGAAGGAAAAGAACAGCCUGGAGAUUGAUAUGACGUAUAAGCUGAAGGCUCUGCAGCAGAACGUGGAGAAGGAGGAAGCGGAGCACAAAGCCACCAAGGCACGGUUGGCUGACAAGAACAAAAUCUACCAGUCUAUUGAUGAGACCAAGUCUGAGGCCAUGAAAGACAUGGAGCGGAAGCUGCAGGAGGAGAGGAUAUCGAAGCAAAGGCUGGAGAACAACCUGCUGGAGGCGGAGAAGCAAUGCUCCAUGCUCGACUGUGACCUAAAACAAGCCAGGCGGAAGAUCAACGAGCUGGAGAUCCUCAAGGACAAACUCACUGAGGACGUUAAAAACCUAACAUUGAAAACCGAGCAGGAGACGCAGAAGCGCAGCCUGACGCAGAACGACCUGAAGAUGCAGCUGCAGCAGGUGAACAGCCUUAGGAUGUCCGAGAAACAGCUCAAGCAGGAGAUUAACCACCUAACGGAGAUCAGAGCCAGCAUGGAUAAACAGAACAGCGAGCUGCGCAAAGAACGUCAAGACGCAGACGGCCAAAUGAAGGAACUUCAGGACCAGCUAGAGGCUGAGCAGUAUUUCUCGACCCUGUACAAGACCCAGGUGCGGGAGCUGAAGGAGGAGUGUGAGGAUAAGGUGAAAUUGUGUAAGGACAUACAGCAGAAGGUGCAGGAGCUGCAGGAUGAGAGAGAUUCUCUGGCUGCUCAGCUAGAAAUCACAUUGACAAAGGCAGAUUCUGAACAGUUGGCGCGUUCCAUCGCUGAGGAGCAAUACUCUGACCUGGAGAAAGAAAAGAUCAUGAAAGAACUGGAGAUCAAGGAGAUGAUGGCCCGUCACAAACAGGAGCUUGCAGAGAAAUACGCCACCAUAAGUUCUCUUGAAGAUGCUAACAAAACACUAACUACCGAUGUGGCCAAUCUGGCGAAUGAGAAGGAGGAUCUGAACAACAGAUUAAAGGAGGCCCAAGAACAAAUUCAACAUCUGAGAGAGGAAGAAACCAGCAUCAUGGCCAUUAAGUCUCAGUACGAGAAGCAGCUGUUGAAUGAGAGAACUCUAAAGACCCAGGCUGUGAACAAACUUGCUGAGAUCAUGAACAGGAAGAUUCCUAGCAAGGGUGGACCAGACACUGAUGUGCGCAGGAAGGAGAAGGAGAAUAGGAAGCUGCAGCUAGAGCUGAAGUCAGAAAGGGAAAAACUCUCCCAUCUCGUCAUCAAGUACCAGAAGGAGAUGAACGAGAUGCAGGCGCAAUUCGCAGACGAGAGCCAGGUCCGUAUUGAGCUACAGAUGGCGCUGGACAGUAAGGACAGUGACAUUGAGCAGCUUCGGUCACAGCUGCAGACCAUUCACAUUGGUUUGGAUAGCACGAGUAUUGGCAGUGGGCACGGUGAUGCCGACAAUGAUGAUGGGUUCCCAGUUCACAUCACUCAGUCCCGUACUACGGAGUCCAUGUCAUUCACCUACCAGCGUUCCUCUACCUCUGUCCGCAUUGCCACUAAGCCCUCCCGUUCUCGCUUGCUUUUCAACUCCGAUUCUGAUACUGACUCAGAGGAGGAACCCUGUGCACAAGCCCCUACAGAUCCCGAUAGCGAUGACAACGAAGAAUCCAGGCUGGAGGGAUGGUUGUCGCUCCCUGUCCGCAACACCAAGAAGUUUGGCUGGAUUAAAAAGUAUGUGGUUGUUAGCAGCAAGAAGAUUCUGUUCUAUGACAGCGAGCAGGAUAAAGAGCUGUCCAAUCCGUACAUGGUAUUAGAUAUCGAUAAGCUGUUCCAUGUGCGGCAGGUCACUCAGACAGAUGUGUAUCGCGCAGACGCCAAAGAGAUCCCGCGGAUAUUUCAGAUUUUAUACGACAAUGAAGGAGAAAGUAAAAAAGAACAAGAAUUCCCAGUGGAUCCUGCUGAGAAGUCGAAUUAUAUGUGUCACAAAGGGCACGAGUUCAUUCCCACGCUGUACCACUUCCCGACCAGCUGUGACGCCUGUAUGAAGCCCCUGUGGCACAUGUUCAAGCCUCCCCCAGCCUUAGAGUGCCGGCGCUGCCAUAUUAAAUGCCACAAGGACCAUAUGGAUAAGAAAGAGGACAUGAUAGCACCUUGCAAAGUAAACUACGAUAUUUCUACGGCAAAGAACCUUCUUUUACUAGCAAACUCCACAGAGGAGCAGCAGAAAUGGGUGAGUCGGCUGGUGAAAAAAAUCCCCAAGAAGCCGCCGGCUCCUGACCCCUUCGCUCGCUCCUCUCCAAGAACUUCCAUAAAGGUACAGCCAAACCCGUCAAUGAGGCGGCCUAGUCGACAACUUCCACCAAACAAACCCAGACUGCUUGACCUGGCUUUUAAAGACUGGGACUGGUCUCUUGAUGAUGUUGAGGAUGAUGAGGACGAUGUUUUUGAUUUCUGAAGCAGUGACACUGGCUAACUGCCUUCUGUGAAUGCAGUUCCCAUUUCAAGAUGAUUCUUCCAUUUAAAAAAAACAAAAGACUGAAGGCAAAACACGGUGUGCUAACAUGUCAAAAAUUGUAAAAUAAACUACUAUAUGUCCUAAGAAACUGUGCUAUAUAUAUCAGAGGUUUACAAAAUUGUUGCUGCAAUAUAUAAAAGAGGAAAAUAAAAUAAUGUAUUGCCUGACAAGUGGCUUUGGAAUGCUCAGGGUGGUCAGAGGUCACUGGGAUAAGUAGAACCAUACCCCGGAUUGAAUACCCUUGGCUCCGCUUCACAGCUCUCAGGUAACCUCCCCACAAAUUUGCAAUGCAAUUUUUUAUUACAUUUUGAAAGGUGGCUUUUACCACUGAUGGAGACGAAAAGCCGUCAGUCGAGGACAGUGAGCAGGGAAGUCGGACGCCGGUUCCACAGACCUUGCUCCUGAUGAAUCUACACUACAUCUGGACUACAAGCGGGUGCCGGCGACACAACUGACAUCUUCCACGGUGGUUUUGGUGCUCCAUAAAGCUCAGAUGCGGCCAACUAACAAGCUCCUGAUUGAAAAGCGGAUAUACCGUGUAUAUAUUUAUAUCGUACUGUACCCUAAGAGGCUUUGUGAAAAGGGCAACCUUUAUUUUUGUAUUCCUUUGACUAAUACCUGCAGUUGCAACUAUGCACAUGUACAAAAGCCAUAGUGUCUAAAUCCUCCACCAGUCCCAUACAGAGGGAUGAUAAAUAAAUUGCAUGCGUGUGCUGGGCGGAGUCAGUCGUGAAGCCUCAGUAACUGCAGGAUCAUCUUCCAGAAUCUGAAUGCCUUAAUCUAAAUAUGUCAAAUUAGUUUGGUUAUUCCAUCAUUAAGCUCCAGGUCUAAGGGGUAGAGGUGUAUUUGGGGCUGGCGCACUAUUUUUUUUUUCUUUUAACUCACAAGUGAUAUCAUUGCCAGCCUCCUUUUUGAAUGUAUGGAAAUGUCUGGAGCUAAUAUUAUACGGAAAAGCCUAGACCUUGAAUUAUACGUUCUCCCUCCAGUCCUCAGUAUUAGUCACCGAAAACAAAAACAAAAAAACACCUUUUUGUUUUAUUUGAAUGUACCUGUAGCCUAUACACAGUGACAACAGCCAUUUUGUGUGAGUGCAGCUUCAAGGAGCCUCAGUGAUGUCACUAGUUCCUAGUGACCUGAUAGGCUGCAUUCUGCUGGGUGCCUUAUUCUUUAGUGAAUCGAUUGGCCGCAUUCUUGUGAAUUGUGGUUCAUAUCACAACAUGGCUGCGCCCACCGUGCCUCAUACUGUAGGCAAAAGGGUACACGUUAAGUGCUAUGACUUCUUUUGGCCUUGUUUUUGUGUUCUAUUCUAGAUAUGUUUUUAUUGCUGGAGAGAAUAUCUGUGAUUUAAUUAAUGUGUUUUUUUUUUUUUAAAGUGUUCCUAGCACACGCACAUAAAACAUGGGCUGUCACAAGCUUCCCUCAUACUGUAGAUGUACUUUUAAUAUUUCAGGAACUGCUCUCUAGCACCACCUAGCUCUAGAGUAUAGAAUACAUUUCGUACAGAACAUUUGAAGAAUGUUUAGCUGGGAUGUAAAAAGAAAAAGAAAGAAAUAAGGACCUUAGAGGUGCUUAUUUGAAAUAUUUUUACAUGGUCUUAUUGAAAAUAUAUAUAUAUAUAUAUAUAUAUAAUUUAUGUGGGCUCAUUCAUGCUGUAUGCCUAAAUACCCCUCAAAGUGCAUGUUUUUAUACAGAAAGCAGUAUGAUAAAAUGUUAACCAUAUUGACAAUAAAAUAUAAUAUGUAGCCUUCAG